AUGAGUUCAAAGGGUUCGUCGUCGAGGGCGUACGAUAUGAUUAUGAAACUUUUAUUGGUUGGUGAUUCGGGAGUUGGUAAAUCAUGUCUUCUUUUGCGUUUUGUUGAAGAUAAAUUCAACCCUUCAUUCAUCACCACAAUUGGAAUUGACUUUAAGAUCAGAACUAUAGAUAGCAAAGGCAAGAAAAUCAAAUUGCAGGUGUGGGAUACUGCAGGACAGGAAAGAUUUAGAACUAUUACCACAGCAUACUAUCGAGGCGCCAUGGGUAUUGUGUUGAUAUAUGAUGUCACCGAUGCCAGAUCCUUUGAAAACGUGCAAAAUUGGUUCCAAACUGUGUCCCAGCAUGCCAAUGAAGAAGCGCAGAUUUUCCUUGUUGGAAAUAAAUGUGACGAUGAAGAGAAUAGACAAGUCUCGAGGGAACAGGGUGAAGAGUUGGCCCAAAAAUUACAAAUCCCCUUUUUAGAGGCAUCGGCAAAAACCAACCAGAAUGUUGAGAGUAUUUUCUAUGAAUUGGCUGGAAUCAUCCAAGAAAAACAUGUUGACGAUGCCGCUGGAGCUGGAUCUGGCGGCCAUGGGGGUGUCGACGUCUCUCAAAAUAAUUCAGGCAUUAAAAACAAUUGUUGUUAA